UGGUCGAAAUUGAUGCAUGACGGAUCGCAUGGCCUUGUGUUAGUUUCAUCCUUUAGGAGUGUUUCGGAUCCUAGCCCUCGAUCUGUUCUUGUUGCUAGUGGAGAUCUAGAAAAAAAUUCCCCAGUUUCAUGGUGGAAUAAUCAUCUAGAUAGCUUAGCUUGGGGGUGACAAUGGGAGGUGGCAAGGACAAGCAUGAGGAGAGCGACAAGGGGCUCUUCUCUAACAUGAUGCAUGGCGUUGCCGGUGGCCAUGGGUAUCCUCCUCAGGGGUACCCUCCACAGGGCUACCCGCCUCCUCCAGGGGCGUACCCGCCUCCUCCGGGGGCGUACCCUCCUCCUCAUGGGGCUUACCCUCCCCCACCUGGGGCAUACCCUCCUCAGCAUGGCUACCCUCAGCAUGGUGGCUAUCCUCCACCUGGUGGCUAUCCUCCACCUGGUGGGUACCCUACACAUGGUGGCUAUCCUCCUGCUGGCUACCCCGGCUCAUCGCACCAGGCAGGUCAUGGGAGUAGCGGUGGUGGACACAUGGGAACAAUGCUAGCUGGAGGCGCUGCUGCGGCUGCCGCGGCCUACGGAGUACACAAGAUCUCUUCUGGUUCUCAUGGUGGAGGUGGACACAUGGGCUAUGGAGGUUAUGGCCAUGGUGGCUAUGGUGGUCAUGGUGGCUACGGCCACGGCGGAAAGUUCAAGCACGGCAAGCAUGGUGGCAAGUUCAAGCACGGCAAGCACGGGCACGGCAUGUUCGGUGGCGGGAAGUUCAAGAAGUGGAAGUAAUGCGCAUGAUUUGAUCAUACGCUCAACUCCGUUUAGGCUUUAACUCACUGAACUCAACUGCUUGUGGUCGGCUGGUUAUAAGCCUAAACCUCUCUGGAUGUAUCUAAAGCAGGGUGGAUGCCCCCCAUCCUCUCUCUAUAAUUUGGUACUCUAGUAUGUGGUUCAGUGACAAAAUGGUUUGGCAAUAAUUAAUUAAAUAUCAUUUGACGCUUAUGCACAGAGGUGUUCUUAUGGAUGUUCUAUUGCCUGAUCAAUAUGAUGUGCUGAACAAUGCUGGUUUGGCUGGCCCAAGGUGCGUGUCACCGGUAGG